AUGGCUGAUAUAGAUGAUACUCAAUUUGAAACUGGGGAUGCUGGAGCUUCCGAGACUUUUCCUAUGCAAUGUUCGGCUUUGAGAAAGAAUGGUUAUGUCAUGUUGAAAUCUAGGCCCUGCAAAAUUGUUGAAAUGUCCACCUCAAAAACGGGGAAACAUGGCCAUGCUAAGGUGCAUUUAGUCGGCAUCGAUAUCUUCACUGGCAAAAAGUACGAGGACAUCUGUCCAUCUACUCACAACAUGGAUGUGCCGCGGGUUACCCGUCUGGAUUAUCAGUUGACAGACAUCGAUGAAGGAUACUUAUCCUUGAUGGCUGACAAUGGAGAUCUUCGAGAAGAUCUCAAAGUUCCAGAAGGUGAACUUGGUCAAUGUAUCAGGAGCGAUUUCGAAGCUGGCAAAGAACUGCUUUGUACUGUUCUCAAAGCUUGUGGUGAAGAAUGUGUGAUUGCUGCUAAACCGAACACGGCUUUGGAUAAAUAA